UUGUUUGGAAAAUGUUGGUGCACUGCACUGAAGAUUUUGUUUUAUAAUUAUUCAAAAAAUUCUAUUUAAUCUUUGCCUGUAUAGUUCAUUUUGAUUCUGAUAGAGGCCAGUAAAUUUCAAAAUGAGCGAUCAAAUCAAUUCUAUUUUUUUGUAUUUAACAUUAAAUAAAUAACUUAUAUGAUCAUAAAUACAUAAAUUUGUUUACAGUGUAUUUUUGUUACUGAAAAAAUGUGAGUUUCUUAUUUUGACAAUUAUCUGUGUAAUAUGACGAAUAUAAAUUAAUUUUUGCAUUUAUAACAUUCAAUUUUUUAUAAUUAUAGUUUUAAUAUAAUUAAAUACAUGUUAAAAAACAAAAAAGUGUCGGUCAAAAAAAUCUGUCCUGGCUGCGGACAACAGUUUCCAGUUGCUGUCAAGACUUGUACUAAAUGCAAACAUUCAUUUUAUCUUUCAAAAAAAGAUAUAACUGUAACUACACCAGCACAAGGAGGGACAUCUGCAAGCACAUCUCCUACGGAGGAAACGAAAGAAGAUAUGUCUACUGGAAUUACUACUCUACCCGAUGGCCGCCGUAGAACUGAGCGUAUACGUCGUGAAAAACCCAAAUUCUAUGAUGCUUCAGCAUUUGUACGAAAAACUAGGAAACGUCCUGAAAAAACAAGCUCUAAACAAAAAGAUGAUCCCUCUAGUUGUAGAGGUGUUCAGCUGACUCAGCCAAAAAAGGGUUUAGUAAACAGGAGAAAUAAAUUAAAAACAGGAGAGUUACAAGACCCUGAAGAUAAAAUUUACCAUGCUAUCAUGAAUGAAGAAAAAGCUAAAGUUUGUGCAAUAAUUUUAUCAGAAUUAAACAAUAAGCUAGCAUUAACAUCUUGGAAGCCAUAAAAAGAGAUAAAUGUUCUUAACAUAUUAAAAUAUGAAUAGAGUUUACUACAUAAUUAUUGGAAAAAAAAAUCAAAGUAAUCUAUUUAAUCUAGAAUUUAAAACCAAAUUACAUCAUCAAAUUAGAAAUUAGAAUUGCAAUACAGUUUCCUAGUAGAUUAAUGUUGUAUAUAUAAUUUAUUUUUAUAAAUAAUGCUUUGUGACGUUAAUUUGUGUAGCAUAAAUAUACUCAGAAAAAUGUGUGCCAUAUACUGUUAUUAUAAAAGUCUCUAUAUAAUAGGUAAUCAUACAUUAAAAUUUUAUUAAAAACAAGUAAUUGUUUUCUAAUUUGACAAAAACUUUACUUUUACUGAAUUUUUUAAAUAUUAUACAAUAUGUGUAUUAAAUAUACACAUUGAAAUUAUUUUAAUUGUAAAUAAUAGUAUG